CUAUUCAAUACUAGUAAUUAUUGUGGUAACUCUGUCUCUUAGUCAUCAAAAACAGAGAGAAAAAAAGAUUGUAAAAUAUUCUUUGAACUUUAAUUUUAUUAUGCUCACGUUCUAUGAUAACCUCCCUGGACAUGUCCUAAUUAAUAUUCAUAAGCCUAGCCUUCACCAUAGUAUGAUGGAUUAUCAUACAUCCUCUUCUUUCAGGAAAUCAGAAUGUUCAGGAACCUCUUCAAUAUUCAUGAGCCAAAACCGGCUCAGUACUCGGUGAUGCUGAGGAUGCGCAGACCGGGAUGCUGCUGUCACAGCACAUUGCGCGGAGGGGCGGAGAGAUUCUUUACUGCCCCGUUUGUGCGCAUGAGCAACAUAUUAUUGCCUUCAUUGAUAAAAAUCCUUUGUGUUUACAUUUCCACAUCUAAUCUCACUGUCGCUUUCGGCGCGUUUCAUCACUUCAUACGUCAUCUGGAAAUCAGCAAUGGCAUCACGUGCAGGCCCAAGAGCUGCAGGGACUGAUGGGAGUGAUUUUAAACAUAGAGAGAAAGUGGCUUCUCACUAUCAGAUGAGUGCUUCGCUGAAAUCAGAGAUGAAGAAGCUCACCGUAGUGCAUUUCUUCAUAUGGAUACUGGUGGCUGCUCAGGUGGCUGUUAGUCAUCUCAAUCUGGUGUCACAUGAUCUGGUGGCCAUGCCCUAUCAGUGGGAGUAUCCAUAUCUUUUGAGUCUCCUGCCCUUGUUUAUUGGAGCCCUGGCUAUGCCAAAGAACAACAUCAGCUAUCUGGUGAUCUCCAUGAUCAGUGCUGGUUUGUUCUCAGUGGCACCCUUGAUUUUUGGUGCAAUGGAAAUGUUUCCACUGGCCCAGCAGCUGUACCGACACGGAAAAGCUUACCGGUUUAUCUUUGGUUUCUCUGCCGUAUCUGUGAUGUAUCUACUCAUGGUGAUCGCUAUUCAGGUGCACGCAUGGCAAAUCUACUACAGCAAGAAGCUUCUAGAUGCCUGGUUCAACUCAACACAAGAGAAGAAGAAGAAAUAAACAUACUCUUGUAUACUUGAAUUUAUCCACCCUCUUUUUCUGUCUCAGUUGUUACAAUGCAUGCAAUUAUUAUAAAUGUUUAAAUAUUUACAAUUUAAAUAUACAUUUGUAAGCUAACAAAUCUUAAUAUCUGGAUUUUUUUUUACAUUUAUUCACAUAUGUUAAAAUUAUGUUUACCUUUUUAAAUUGUUUACCUUGUUAUUUUAAACCUGAAAUUCUGUUUGUUUACAAAAUGUUUAGUCCAUGUCAAGAAUACAGAGCCAUUCACAUCAUUUUUAUUACUUUAUAAUG